AUGCAGCAGCAUGCAUCCCAUGAGAGCGCUACAGCCGACGCUACAGCGUGCGAGAAAGCGGGACCUGCUACAUCAAACGCUACAGCCGACGCUACAGCCGACGAGAAACGGGGACCUGCUACAGCAAACGCUGCAGCCGACGAAACAGCUGAAAAAACAGUCGACGGAACGUCGGGACCUACAGCGGACGCUGCAGGGCCGCAGGGGACGGAAGCAGACCAGCCGCAGUCUUGUGACGUGGUAACAGGAGGCGACGAGAUGGUCGCAGAACGACCCGGGGGCGACGCUGAGUGCGACGGAUUAACCGUGGACGCGUUAAAAGGCGUCUCAGAAGUAGAUAUAGAGAAGUCGCAAGACGUUGAGAAGGCGGCUACAGCCGUAGACAAGGAGGCGAGGACGGCAGCUGCACUUGUGGACGAGGAGGCGGAAAAGGCCGCUACAUCCGUAGACGUGGGGAAGGCGGCUACACUUGUGGAUGAGGAGGCAGAAAAGGCGGCUACAAACUUAGACGUGGGGAAGGCGGCUACAGUUUUGGACGAGGAGGCAGAAAAGGCGGCUACGAAUGUGGAGGAAGAGGCUGGGAAGGCGGCUACAGCCGUAGAGAAGGAGGCUGGGAAGCCGGCUACAGCUGUGGACGAGGAGGCUGGGAAGGCGACUACAAAUGUGGAGGAGGAGGCUGGGAAGGCGGCUACAAAUGUGGAGGAGGAGGCUGGGAAGGCGGCUACAAAUGUGGAGGAGGCUGGAAAGGCGGCUACAAAUGUGGAGGAGGCUGGAAAGGCGACUACAAAUGUGGAGGAGGCUGGAAAGGCGGCUACAAAUGUGGAGGAGGAGGCUGGAAGAGCGGCUACAGCCGAGGAGGCGGAGGUAGGGGAAGUGACAAUAGCGGGGGCUGCUACUGAGGAGGAGUUACACCAAGUGACAAUAACGGAAGCAGAGGUUGUGACUGGUGAGCCAGCUGAGGCGGAGUUAGACCGGGUGACAAUAACGGGGGGAGAUGCUGAGGAGGAGUCACACCGAGUGACAAUGGCGGAAGCAGAGGCUGUGACUGCUGAAGCUGUUGAGACGCCUUUUGCUGUUGCUGCUGAAGCUGUGCUCUUGGCAGGCGCUCCUGUACCGGAUGCCCUUAUAACGGAUGCUCCUAUGACGGAUGUUCUUGUAACGGAUGCUCCUGUCACGGAUGCUCUUAUAUUGGAUGCUCUUGUAUCAGAUGCUCCAGUAACAGAUGCUCUUGUAACGGAUCCUUCUAUAGAUGAACCUGGAUCAGUUCCGAAUGAAGGGGCCACUGGGGGAGCCACCGGGGGAAGCACUUGGGGUGUUACCAAGGAGGGCGUUACUGGGGGAGGCGAUAUGCUGCUACAGUCUACAGAUGAUGAGGAGACAGAGGAUGAGUGCAGCAUAGAAGAAGGUUCCUUUAAUGCAGAGGGAAUGGAGAAAGACGGGCUUGAAUUUGGCUGCAGAGAGCAAGGCGAGGCCGUGUAUGCUAGCAGGGAGCAAGGCGAGAUCCGGUCAGAAGCAGAGGUUGGGGCUACAGGCACGGAUGUGAAGCGAGAGGCGGAGGAGGAAGAGGGACGUGCAGAGGAGGAAGAAGCAGCAGCAGGAGUAGGAGCAGCACGAGCACGAGUACCACUAGCGACCGGUACUGUUAGUGGCAGCAGGGAGCAGGUUAUUUCAGCAGCAGCAGCAGCAGCAAGUCAUGAAACGAGCAGCAGCAGGAAGCGGAAGCGCAAACAACACGGCUCAUCAUCAUCAUCAUCAUCAUCCCACGCGCUCCGUCUAUCCGACGUUCGUCACAUGAUGGCAAGCCCAGCCCUCGCCCGAACCAACGCCAUCGCCCACACCAUGCGAAAGCUCAUAGUCUUUGCCACUCUUGCCGUCCGGGGCGGCUUAGACGCCUUACUCAAGCUAGAGUUCUCCCAUUUUGUCGUUCUGAACCGGGGGGGUGAGUACCUGUCCCCGCAGUUUCCGGGCGAGCAUGUUGCGUUUGUGCCGCCGCCGAGCCUCGCGCCGAGCCUCGUGCACAAGCAGUUCUUCCCGAACCUGCAGAACCCGAUCCUGUGCCCGGUUCGGAUACUGGACGAGGAGGCUCGGAUGCGCCCGCCCGGAGCUGCGCCGAGCCUGUUUCUGUCGGCGAAAUUUUCUCGCGUGCCUUCUUUCGGGCCUCUGAACAGCUACGCCCGUCACCCCAUGGGCCGAACCAACCUGGCUCGCUCCGCCGCCCACCUGGCAGAUGCUGCCGGGCUGACCCACGUGGGCAGGAGAUUCUUCAGGUCGCUUGGCGUUACUCUACUGUUCAUGGCUGGAUUCUCCUUAGAUGAGGUUUUAAGGGAGGCGAAUUGCUCUGUUAAGAGUCUCUACACUUUGUACUCGCCAGAAGAUGAUGGGGGAGGGGGAGGGGAGGUGGGGGAGGAAGCGGGGGGAGGGGGGGAAGAGGGGGGAGAGGGGGAAGAGAGGGAUGAGGACGGGCAAGAAGAGGAGGAGGGGAGGUAUGGGGGAGGGGGUGGUGGAGGAGAGGGGGUAACCAGAGGGGAGAUGGCGGGGGAAGGGGAGUUGCAGCAGCAGGUGGGGGUUCAGGUGGGGAACUGGAUGGGGCAACAGAGCCAGGUGAAUCAACAGAUUCAGGCGAAUUCUCAGGUGCCACUGAACCAAUUUCAGGGGGAAGGAGGUGCCAUGGGGGGACCGAUGGGGGAGACAUUGAGGGGAACUAUGGGGGAAGGGAUGGGGGGACCGAUGGGGGAGAGAUUGGGGGGAACGAUGGGGGAGAGAUUGGGGGGACCGAUGGGGGAGAGAUUGGGGGGAUCGAUGGGGGAAGGGAUGGGGGGAACGAUGGGGGAAGGGAUGGGGGGAGGUGCAGGAAAAGAGAUGUGGGGAGGGACCGCUGCUGCUACAACCACUCAAUUACAGGGGCAGAAAAACGGGCAGAUAAAAACACAUGCGUCUGCACAGGAGAAAACCCUUGCGAACGGGAAUCGAAGGAAGAAGGUGCAGAAGGUGCAGAGUCAAGGAGAUGAGGAGAAUGGGAUACAGAAUCAAAUCCAGACUUCCCAGCUGCUGCAGCAAUUGCAGGAGUAUCAGACAGAAUGUAUACAGCUACAGUCGCAGCUGCAGAAGCUACAGUUGCGCAUGGGGCAGAUACGGACAGAACUCGCCGCCCGGGGGGUGAACGUUUCUGUGGAUUGUGUAGAGGGGGACUUGGGGGAGAGCUUGGGGGAUGCUUCGAGGGAGAAGACUUGGGGGACUUGGGGUGCGUCUCAAAAGGGAGACUUGGGGGAGAGGUUGGGGGGUGUUUCGAGGGAGAAGUGGCAAAAGAGGUUUUCACAGCACCGACCACAGGCAGACCAACAGCAGCAGCAGCAACAGCAAAUUCAGCAGCAGAAUCAGCAGCAGCAGCAGCAACAGCAGCAGCAGCAGCGAAAUCAGCAGCAGCAACCUGCAAACUCGAGAGUUAUUAACGGGGGCGCUCCCUUUUACCUGGGCGGCACAGGAACAGGUGGCACGAUGCUAUUGGCUGGAAGCUCGACCAAUCACGCCUCAUUCCCUGCUGUUUUGGCUCCUGCGGUUUCCCCUGCUGUUGCAUUUGCAGCAGCAGCACGCAACACGUAUCUGACAGUUGCUCCUCAUGCUGCUGCUGCUCCUGCUUCUGCUGCUGCUGCUGCUCCUGCUUCUGCUGCUGCUGCUGCUGCUGCUGCUCCUGCUUCUGCUGCUGCUGCUGCUGCUUCUGCUGCUAAUCCUGCUACGCCUAUUGCUUCUCCUGCUGCUGCUCCUGCUGCUGCUUCCGCGGUUGUUGCAGCUGUUGCUGCUACUCUUGCCCAUUACGCAAAAGGGUUGCCUCCUCUCCCGACUCCUCUCUCCAUGGGUUAUAACGCCAAUAACGCCGCAGGCAGAAAUAUCUUUCCAACUGCUGGCUCUGGUGCUUCUGUUGCUGCUGCUGGUGUGAUGGGUGGUUCUGGUGUAAUGGGUGCUAGUGGUUUGAUGGGUGGUGGUGGUGUGAUGGGUGGUGGUGGUGUGAUGGGUGGUGGUGGUGUGAUGGGUGGUGGUGGUGUGAUGGGUGCUAGUGGUGUAAUGGGUGCUAGUGGUGUGAUGGGUGGUGGUGGUGUGAUGGGUGGUGGUGGUGUGAUGGGUGGUGGUGGUGUGAUGGGUGGUGGUGGUGUGAUGGGUGCUAGUGGUGUGAUGGGUGGUGGUGGUGUGAUGGGUGCUAGUGGUGUGAUGGGUGGUUCUAUGGGUGGGGUAAUGGGGGGUGGUUUGGGGGGUGGUAUGGGAGGGGUUAUGGGGGCACAGGGAAUGGCAGGGAUGCGAGCAGGGGUGAUGGGAGCAGGAGGAGGGGGAGGAGCGGGACGAAUGGGGGUUAUGGGGGCAGGCGGAAUGGGAGGGGCAGGAGGGGGAGUAUUGAGAGGGGGAGUGAUGGGAGGGGGGGUGAUGGGAGGGGGAGUGAUGGGAGGGGGGUUGAUGGGAGGGGGAAUAAUGGGCGGGGCAGGCGCAGGGGCUAUGGGGGCAGAAAGAAUGGGAGGUACAGGGGCAAGGGCAAUGGGGGCGGAAGGAAUGGGAGGGACAGCGGCAAGGACGAGUGAAGGGGAGGGCAUGGGAGGAGGGGAAUGUAAAAAGCAGUGCAAUGGGGAAGAGUGGAAGAGGGGGCAGCCCAGCAGAUGCGGCAGGAGAAGAGGUGGAAGGAGAGGCAGAAGAAGCAGCAGAAUGUGGACGAGUGAAGCGGAGAGUGAAGGGGAGAGUGAAGGGGAGAAUGAAGGUGAGAGUGAAGGGGAGAAUGAAGGGGAGAGUAAAGGGGAGAAUGAAGGGGAGAAUGAAGGGGAGAAUGAAGGGGAGAGUGAAGGGGAGAAUGAAGGGGAGAAUGAAGGGGAGAAUGAAGGGGAGAAUGAAGGGGAGAGUGAAGGGGAGAGUGAAGGGGAGAAUGAAGGGAAGAGUGAAGGGGAGAAUGAAGGGGAGAAUGAAGGGGAGAAUGAAGGGGAGAAUGAAGGGGAGAAUGAAGGGGAGAAUGAAGGGGAGAGUGAAGGGGAGAAUGAAGGGGAGAAUGAAGGGGAGAAUGAAGGGGAGAGUGAAGGGGAGCGCAUGAGGGGAAGCAGUGCAUUGGGCAGCUCAGCAGUGCAUUGGGCAGCUCAGCAGGUGCAGCAGUAG